AUGCCUGCCUCUCGAAAACUUCCUAAUCUCACUGGCCUUAUCGUUGAUUGUGGGCGUCUUCGUAUAGACGAACAAAUAGGCGCCGGCUCGUUCGGCACUGUUUACAGGGCCUCCCAAAUCAGAGAGCCCUUCGACCCUCGGCUCCCCAAAACGGUCGCUGUAAAAUGUCUGGGAGAGCGCUCGUUCUACACGGACAAGGAACACAGCAUGCACUACGUCUGCUCAUCCCACCCGUCAGUUCUGACCUUUUAUGGCCAGUUCUCCGUGAUGGAGGGUAAUGUAGAGAUUGUGUGCUUCAUUUUAGAGCUAUGCAAGCAUAAUCUCUGGACGCCCAUCACAUGGGGCACCUUCGACUACGACAACGACGCUGUCAAACGCGCCUUCAGUCAGAUCCUAGAUGGCGUCCAAAGCUGUCAUGAGCGCGGUAUCUACCACCGCGACCUCAAGCCGGAAAAUGUUCUAUGUCACAGCUCGGACCCCCAGGUUAUGUUGGCGGACUUCGGCAUGGCCAUUCGGAACCCCAACUCUAAUACCGCCUCCGGCACUCUCCCUUAUCUUUCUCCCGAGGCCCUUAGUGUCGCACUCAGGGAUGGGAGUGCAACAUACUCGGCUGCCCAAAACGAUAUCUGGGCUUGCGCAGUGAUACUCGUCAACAUGGUCACCGCCCGUUAUCCGUGGCGUCAGGCCACUUCCUCCGACCCGGCUUGGUCCGCCUUUCUACUCGAUCAAAAACACUUUUUAUCGCGCAAAUUCCCCAUAAUCUCGUCAGAGUUUAACCGGCUACUCGUGCGCUGCUUCAACCCAGAACCCGCAGAAAGGCCGUCACUCGCCGAAAUGCAGGCCUCGAUCUUGGGCAUGCACGAUUUCUUCCGGGAUCCCCCCUCUCUAUCAGUCCCCGUUGCAUCUGCCUCCUCAGCCCCGACAACUCCUGGCGCCUCGUUCAGUUUCGAAGACUCGCGGUCACAGUCUACAAAACCAUCGGCUCUUGAUUCUGCUGACUACUCUCUGUUGCGCGAGCUGGCGGGUGACGAUAAGCCGCUUUCAGUCGCUUCCCGCCAACAAGAGUCGAAACACUCCUAUAUUCUUCCGGCGGACCAUCCAACCGUCCUGGCACUCCCGUCGGCCGACCAACGCCUUCUAGCUCGCCUACGCGCUAGACCACGACCGCGGAUCGUGCGUUUCUGGAGCACCCGACACGUGACCCCGAUUGCGCCUCGACCACCACCCAAGGUACUAAACCCCGCACAACGGCUGUGUCGUUGGGUUUGCAAGCAGAUCAAGGCGCCGUUAGUGGGUCGCUCACUAGCGUCUUCCCGUUCUGCAGGAUCACCGGGGUGUUAG